AUGUCACUUUUUAGAGAUCAAUGAGAUAGUGCAGAUAUACACAGAUCUAGACUCCAGCAGACGAUGCGACAUUCAGACUGAAAAGAUUUGGAAGGCAAAAAAUGAAAACUGAUUGUUGAAUGAAAUAAAAAGCUAAGGUAACUUAAGAUUGUAGAACCAUGUUAACACUACCAUUUGAUGAGUCUGUUGUAAUGCCAGAAUCCCAGAUGUGUAGAAAGUUUCCCAGAGAAAGUGAUGACCAAAAGCAAAUGAAGAACACAGAAAGCUUUUCAAAGCAGAUCAUCCUCCGAGGAAAGAAUAUCAAAAGAUCUCCUGGACAAGACACAGAAAAAGAAGAGGAGGAAGAAGAGAGAGAAGAGGAGGAUGAGAAUGGCUUGCCAAGGCGAAGGGGCCUUAGGAAAAAAAAGACAAGCAAGAUAAGGAUGGAAAGAAUUAAAUUCAGGCGUCAAGAAGCCAAUGCUAGAGAGAGGAACCGUAUGCACGGCCUUAAUGAUGCUCUGGACAAUUUAAGGAAAGUUGUCCCAUGUUAUUCUAAAACACAAAAACUGUCGAAAAUAGAAACUUUAAGACUAGCUAAGAACUAUAUUUGGGCUCUUUCUGAAAUACUGCGAAUUGGGAAGAGACCUGACCUGCUCACCUUUGUCCAAAACUUGUGCAAGGGUCUGUCCCAGCCAACUACAAACUUGGUGGCAGGAUGCCUGCAGCUGAAUGCCCGAAGUUUCCUAAUGGGCCAGGCAGGUGAAGGUGCCCAUCAUACCCGCACGUCCUACUCCACCUUCUAUCCUCCCUACCACAGCCCGGAGCUUGGCACUCCCCCAGGGCAUGGGACUCUUGACAACUCUAAGUCCAUGAAACCAUACAACUACUGCAGCGCUUACGAGUCCUUCUAUGAAAGCACUUCCCCUGAUUGCGCCAGCCCACAGUUUGAAGGUCCCUUAAGUCCUCCCCCAAUUAACUAUAAUGGGAUAUUUUCCCUGAAGCAAGAGGAAAGCUUGGACUAUGGCAAAAAUUACAAUUAUGGCAUGCAUUACUGUGCAGUGCCACCCAGGGGUCCCCUUGGGCAGAGCUCGAUGUUCAGGUUGCCUACAGAGAGCCACUUCCCUUAUGACUUACAUCUGCGCAGCCAGUCUCUCACCAUGCAAGAUGAAUUGAAUGCAGUUUUUCAUAAUUAAUGAGGAAAAUGAAAAUAAACAGUGGUCAUUCACCUCCCCAUCUAAUUAAGAGCAAGCAGAUGCUUGGGCACUGCGUAAUUGGCACAAUUCUAUUUAAAAUGUUUACUAGUUCCUAAAGUGUGUUUCAACUAUUGUGAGGAUUUUCUAUGUAUUAAUAAACUCUUUUUAUUGUAUUUUUUCUGUAAUCACUGUGAGAAUAUGUUUCCUCCCAGAGGUUUUCUCCCUCCUUUUUAACUUUUUGUUUCCCUAUUUGUUUGAUUUGUUGAGCAGUGUGUUGAACAAUAUUACUGAAAUAAAAGCGUACACACUGUGUGAA